AUGGCAGUUGACGAGGCGCAACCGGACCCGCCCAAGUCGGAUCCGACUAUGUGGAACCCGCCCAAGUCCCAGUCGGAGUCCCAGUCAAAGUCCCAACCAGAGUCCCGACCGGGAGAUGACACGGAUGCUGAGUUGCUUGGGAGGUUUCGAGGACUGCUUAAGUCGCUGCAGGGUUUCUGCGAGUUGAGCGGGAUGAAGGCCCCGGCGGCGGCGGUACCCCUAGCACUUGUGGAGGUCUCUUGUCCGGACCGGUACGUGAUCUCGCAGGAGACCGCGACCUCGUCCGCCUUUGCGGUGCGUCCACUAGCUGCCGACUUCCCACUUCCGCCGCAACGUCGAAGCGCGUACCGACUUAUCGAACACGCCGGGCAAGGCAUCGCUGCUGCCGCCGUCGGACGUAUUAUGUACGCGGCGCGACAGAUGCUUGCCGACAUGGCGGCGCCGAGCCACGAACCACGAGAAGACAUCUGGGAGACGGCACCGACGCCUGCCGUCCCCACGACAUUUGCCGUCCCCGCGAAAGAGACUGAAGGGGAUGGGAGUGGCGCCGAAAGAGAAAAGCUCAUCGCGGAGGGGGUGAACCAACACGGGGGACCUGACAAAAGGGACUGGAAGGGCGAACCAAGCCAAAGACAUGAGACUCUCGUCGAGGGAGACAGCGGAGAGCAUGCGCCUGCCGCCGAGGGAGAUAGUGAAGAGAGCAGUCAGAGGGAAGAGCGUGACGCUGUCGCACAGGGGGAUAUCCAACAUAAAGGUCCUGAAGAGGGAGAGGCUGGCGCCAAAGCCGGCAGUGGAAGCGAGCAGAGCGAAGAGCAUGAGGCUGUCGCUGAGGUAGAUAGUGAGGAGAGUGAGCAGAACGAAGAAAAUGAAACCAUCGCCACAGCAAGUAGUGAAGAGAGCAGUCAGAGCGAAGAGCGUGAGCCUGUGGCGGAGGGGGGAAGCGAUGUGCGUGCGGCCGAGUCGGCGGCCGAAUCGGCGGCCAAAUCGACGGCCGAAUCGAAGGCCGAAUCGGCGGCCGAAUCGAAGGCCGAAUCGGCGGCCGAAUCGAAGGCCGAGUCUGAAGGGGCGGCGUGGGGGGAGCUGAAGGAAAUACUCGGCGGGUUGUUCAACCUGUUCAACAAUCAAGCAGGGUGUGAACUCAAGCCUGCGACGCGUCGAAGUGUACUGCAAGUGGACUUGUUACCGGAGGUGUGUCCGACGUUGACGGCAAAGGUCCGCGCGGUACCGGACCCUGGACGCAUCUACAUGCUGGAGUUCCUCACUAACUGGUCUCUCUCGCUGCUGCAAAGCGAGCCGCCUGUGGAGCUCUAUCACAACUGUUUCGCACCCAAGGACGAUGAUAGUCAGUGGACACCGGACUCAGAUCAUGUAGCGCUGGCCCUGGCGGGGUCGGACUUAGAUGCGUUUCCAAUACACCCUGUGCUGCGCAGUGUGCGUGAUCGACUUGUGUCGCGCGUACAAACGCUCGCCCGCUACAUUUCCCCUAGUCCGGACGAGUCGCUGACCUGGUGGGCUCACACACUCGCCCACCUCCGCCAAAAACAACCCAUUAUGACCGACCGGAUUUGCAAAACAAGGACGCAGCUGGUUCGGGAAAUUAGGCAGCGAAAUAACGUGUCCCGCAUCACUGAGGCAAACGACGACGGGAAUGCCAACCAUGAACCCGUCAUUGAAAAGGUUCUCACCGACAACAGUUCCAACGACCACCGACUUGGGGGGGAAACGGGUCAGCCAAGAGAUGGUCCAGACAUGGAUGAAGUGCCCGAGGAAAACGAACCCAUGUUACAGGCCAGGUCAAGCCGUGCGGUAAGACCGGACCCGCGACUUUUCUCCAGACAGAACUCUCUGGUUGCAGACACAUACUAUCCUGAAUGGCCGGGAACCCCCGGCUCGUCAGCUAGUGAGCCUCCCAUUGAGGAUGAAGACUCUGAAGUAGACGAAUCGGCGGUGGCCGACGGACCGGCAGGUUACGAUCCUAUUGUCGAGGAACCGCGGGACGUGGAAGAUGUGGACGUGGAAGAUGUGGACGAGGGAGAUGUGGACGAGGGAGAUGUGUGUGCCAUGAGGCAAUCAUCCGAGCAAGACGUCACGAGGGAGAGUGUCCCGACGGAUGCGUCGGAAGCGGCAGUUGCGGCGUUUGAAGGAGUGGGUUGUGACGACGGGUCUGGUCUAUACAUGUUCUGGAAGACAGUGUUUGAUGACGAGGACCUUUACCUACGUUGGCUUGCAACGGACGGGUUGCCUUACCUCGCGCGCCAGAUCCUGAAGUACAACCAUCAAGGUAUCGCCUGCGAGCUAGAUAUGUUGCUCAACGGUGUGACCCAGUCGUGGUGCUCACCGGCGCUGCACUAUCACGCCCGGCGGCAAGUCCUGCGCCUGUCCGCGGACCACCCGGCGUUGGCUUGGCUAAGUUCCGGCCGAGAGGGUCAGGGAGAUGUCGAUGAGCAAGGCGAAGUCGAUAAACAAGAAAAGGUCGACAACGCACGGCCGUCUGUUGCUCUCGACCCCAUUACCACCAGUAACACCAAAAUCAAUGGCACUAGGGCGGGGGAGCAGGAUCAGAUCAACGAUCCAGACCCAAGCAUGGCCCGAGGGGGUAGUGCUGACGACGAGGGCGAUGAAGAGGAGGAAUCGGAUACCGAUGAAGACGACUUCAUGCUGGACCAUUUUUUCGUGUGA